CAAAGAGCAUUGCCUUAUGGGUAUCAAAGGCUCAGUACGUCGUAAUCGAGAUGGGCACAUAAUCCAUUGCAACGUCCACACGGAUCUUGUAGUAGGAGAACAACCCAUCGACCCGCUUUCCACAGCAAAACCUGAAGAAAUUUACACGAUAAUGGAGCAGUUUUGUUUAGGUCGGCGACGUCUGGAGCUGUUUGGAUGCUCGCGUAACAUUCGGCCAGGCUGGGUGACAGUUGGUAAGGAUGUGCCGGGCACGACGUAUGACGCGAGGACAUAUUCGAGAUUGAUGGAAGAGCCGGGCUUGAAUCCAGAUGGGACAAUGUGUGCUGGUCACUUGGUAGGGUCUACCGUCCUCAUUGAAGAUCUUCGACCUAAAACACCUCCACGAGAGCAGCGCGAACGAGAAGCGGCCAUGGGAAUGC